AUGGCAACGGUACGUCACGACCAACACAUGUCACGACAAGGCUGACUUCUGUAGAUGAACCUUGAGAAGUUCGCAACCUUUGCUGAGGAUAUCAGAAGAAAGAUCUUCCUCUUUUGCCUCCUACUCCUACCUUGCGAUGGCUCCGGCGGCAUUCUCCCUUUUCGAAAUCUCCUCCUCGCCCUUGUGACAGGCAUGAAUAGCGGAUCCCAACCCGCCUUCAUCAAGAGUUUGUACAAUCAAGCACGCGACAUCUACUACGAAAAAUACGAGUACUAUCUCGAUACGGCAGGAAAGCUUUACUGGAAGGCUUCUCUGCAUAAUUUCUUCGAGAAACUUCUGCAGUCCAAUGCUCGCAAGAUUGGCUCUUUGACCAUUGAUGUACCGUAAGUUUCAUGUCUCCUGUCAAAAAAACUGUUCAACCAAACUCAGGAAGAUGCUAACUUCGAUUCCCAGACAAUGCUAUCGCUGCAGCGUCAAACCUGGAGGGCAUGAUCGCAGCUCUUCUCGUCGCACCUCUGUAUUUCGUAGCUCUGCGUACCGUCGCAUCACUGGAAAUCGCCGCAAUAGCGGCUCUGUCCUUCAGCCCUGCGUAAAGCACUAUUAUAUCACGGCUCUCAUCACGGCUCUCGAAUAUUACCUCAAGAAGACCACCAGUACCAAUCUGAGCUGCCUCAGCAACCUCCGAGCCCUCACGAUUCAUUGCGCAGGUUCCUAUGCACCGUUAGCUGUACGACUCAUCAACACCAUCGCUCAAAACUCUCCCCUUUUAAAACGCGUCGUAUUGAUCAUUCCGCUGCCCUUUAAGGGCCAACGUCCCUCCCGCGCUAUUAUGAAGUUGAAUCAACACCACCAGAGAUUAGUCGCUACCAUCAAUGCCAAUUUUGUCGGCGCCGAGCUUGCUAAAUCUGAAAAGGUAGUGAAGGUUAUUUGGCGUGCCAAACCUCUUACUAAAGAAAUCUUGGUUUGGAAGGCGGAGGGAUUGCCAGCAAAUGGUCUGAAGCUCGUGACGGAGGACAAGCUGGUUUGGGAGGAGAAAUAUUUGUAG